AUGCCGUACUACAUUGUCUCCGCUACCAGGGGAGGCGGCGGAGGGGGUGUCUCGGUGGGCAGGAGAGAGAGCUCCACCAGUCAAAGCCACACGGCCCACACCCCAACGGUGAAGCAAAGCACGUACGACAGAAACAUGGGUACCCCAGUGAUGUUCUCUCCAGCAUCCUCAAAACACCCAGAAUUGGAAUUGCCGUCUGCAGAAGAAGAGGGAACGAUGAUAAUUCAGGAAUCGAUGGACUUGAACAUUUGCUUCUCUGGAAUGGACAAUAGGGUGUGGCAGGUGGAAGAGAGGAGGGAGCAAUCCUCAGGGUGGUGGUCUCGGUCGUCGUCGAAGAAUUCGAGUUUGAGGUAUGUGACGGUGAAGGGGAAGCCAGGGCACCCAGGGGAGUCGACAGUGAGGAAUUGGUUCAGAAUCGAGAGGAUAAGCGAGGGUAGCCCUGUAUAUAGGAUCGCUUACUGCCCCAACGUGUGCGAGUCGUGUCAUGUGGUGUGCGGGAGGGUUGGGAUCACCAAGCAAAACGGCGAGCGAUGGUUAUCGAUUUCAGAACAUAGAGAGUUCCCCUUCGUCUUCAUCAGACCCAGGCACUCCCACGACAAGGAUGAAUAA